UCCUUCCUUCCUCUCUACCCUAUACCCUAGUUCGACGCCGCCGUCGCCUCGGCAUAGACUCCCCUCCCCGUCUCUUCUUCGCGAGCUCGCCCCGCCUUCUGCGCCGAGCACCGCCUAUCUUCGCCGGCGUCCUCCCGCUGCAUCAGAGGUCUAUCUGGUGGUCGCUUGAAUCGGGAGGUUUUUGUUGGAUUGGAUUGGAUUCGGAGAGAUGGAGGAUGUGGAGAACAAGCUAAAGGACUAUGAGAUUGUGAGGGAAGGCGAGGCGGAGAUCAUCAUCAACAAGAAAAUAGCAGCAAAUGAAGUGUUCUACAAUCCCGUGCAGGUCCACAAUAGAGAUAUGUCAGUUGCUCUUUUAAGGACUUUCAUUGCCAAGCGUGAGGAAGAACAUAAGGCAAUGAUGGAUAAGAGGGACAAGGCGCAUAACAAAGUGAGCCAGAGUAAAUCAUCUGGUCCAAAUGGAGAGAAUGGGUCAACAGGACAGCAUGAUGAAAUGGAUGUUGAUGCUGAAAAGGAAACAAAUAAAGUUGCGGAUGAAACAGAAGAUCUGUCAACAGAAGCAACAAAGACACCUUCGCGGAAAGUAGCCAGAGAGCUUAAGGCACCAGUUGUUCUUGAGGCUUUGGCUGCUUCUGGGUUGAGAUCUAUCCGUUAUGCUCGUGAAAUAGACGUGUUAGAAAAGGUGGUCGCUCUGGACAUUGAUAAAGCUUGUAUUGAAGCUUGCAAGCGGAAUAUAAAGUUUAAUGGUGCUUCUGCUAUGAGUAAGAUCGAGCCUCAUUUGACUGAUGCUCGAGUUUAUAUGCUCACACAUCCAAAAGAGUUUGAUGUGGUUGAUAUUGACCCCUAUGGAGCACCUUCUAUUUUCCUUGAUUCGGCUGUACAGGCUGUUGCUGAUGGUGGGCUAUUAAUGUGCACUGCCACUGAUAUGGCGGUUCUAUGUGGGCCAAAUGGUGAAGUUUGCCACUCCAAGUAUGGUUCCUAUCCAACCAAAGGGAAGUAUAACCAUGAAAUGGCUUUGCGAAUCCUCCUUGCCAGUAUUGAGAGUCAUGCAAAUCGAUACAAACGAUAUAUUGUGCCUGUUCUCUCUGUGUCUAUGGAUUUCUACAUCCGUGUUUUUGUCCGAGUAUUUACUUCUGCAAACGAAGUAAAGAAGACUCCUCAAAAGCUUUCUUAUGUAUAUCAAUGUGUUGGUUGCGAUUCAUUUCAUCUUCAGUGUCUUGGUAGGACCAUAACUAAGAACAACAGUGUGAAGAAUGCGCCUGCCAUUGGGCCUGUUGUUCCUCAAGAGUGCAGUGCCUGUGGGAAGAAAUUUACUAUAGGAGGGCCAAUAUGGUCUGCUCCUAUACAUGACCAAGAGUGGGUAGUGUCUACUUUGACAGAAGUUAAGUCAAUGAAGGAUAGAUAUCCUGCAUAUGAUAAGAUAACUUCAGUUCUGACUACCAUAUCAGAGGAGUUACAUGACAUCCCAUUGUUCUUCAGUCUCCACAACAUAUGUGCUAAUGUUAAAUGCACAUCUCCAUCUGCAGUAUUGUUCCGAUCUGCAGUCCUAAAUGCGGGUUAUCGGAUUUCUAGCACACAUGUGAAUCCACUUGGACUAAAAACUGAUGCCCCUUGGGAUGUUAUUUGGGACAUCAUGCGCUGCUGGGUGAAGAAUCAUCCUGUAAAGGAACAACCACAUGACUCUGUAGGGACAGCGAUCCUUUCAAAAUCACCCAAGCUUGAAGCAAAUUUCUCUAGAGCGGCUGCUGCCCUCAGCAGGGCUCAAGCAAAGAAGGUCAAGCGGUUCCUUCCGAACCCAGAACGUCAUUGGGGUCCCAAAAUCAGAGCUGGUCGGAAGAUUACAAGUAAACAUGCUUCUCUGUUAGGUCCAGACGUUGUCAACCGUGUUAUCAACGGUGCUGCCAGCACCGAAGAUGAAAAGGUGGCCGAGCCAAAUAAUCCAACGACAGAAACCGGAGGAGAUGCAACGAAUGAAGAGGAUGAACCUUCAACAAAGCGCCAAAAAAACGGCGAUGUUGGAUUGGCAACCGAACCUUAAUUGUCACUGAACCUGAGCACGUUUCGCUUUCACCACUCAAUUCUUCCAUGUUUGUAAUGCUUCACUUUUCUUGAGGGUGUGACUGAUGGGUAUAUCUAUCAGCUGUGUUGCUAAACGGUUUUUAGCAAUGAAUUUUGAUCGCGAAAAAUCUGUUGUCAUAUUUUGCGCUUCUGGCCAAGCUUA